CUGGUGACAGUCUAAUCUUAUCACACAAUUAGUGAGUGAUCAGUGAUUGGUCUGAUAUUAAAACCGGUCACGUGGUCGGUUUAGGUUUCAUAUAUAAACCCAUGCGAAAUUACUCGAAUCAUCACACUGCAGUGUUCCAGCGCUUUAAAGAUGAAGUACUCUCUGGCAUUCUUGGCUGUCUUGGCUCUGGCUUCGGCCAGUCCUGCCCACGACAUCAAAAGUCGUUCCACCACCCUCCACGAGGACCUCAAUGACUUCCUGGCUCUUCUGCCUACUGACCAAAUUGCUGAAAUCGUCGCUGAAUACGUCAACGAAGACAAGGAAAUUGAGGCUGCUCUCGAAUACUUGACAUCUGACUCAUUCGUCACCCUGGUCCAGAGCGUUGAUCAGAUCCCAGAGUACAUCGCUUUCCUGAACUAUAUGCACAAUGCUGGUCUUGAGGUCUACACUUACGUGAACGCUAUUCACGAAGCCCUUGGCCUUGACAAGCUUCCCGUACCUGCGGGCAGAAACGUUGAAGCUGCUCGUUCCGUCAGCAGGAUCACCGGAGGAAUUGCUAGUCUCAUCGCCGAUAUCAAGGCUAUCCUUCCAACCGAGGAAAUCUCUGCCCUCUAUGACACAAAACUCGCGGAAUCCCCAGCCUUCGCCGCGUUCGUUGCUCAAAUUGAAUCCGACGAAUUCCAGACCAUCAUCGAUGCUCUCGUUGCCAACGAGGAAUACCAGAAGCUCCGUGAGAAGGCCUUAGCUGCUGGAGUCGACGUUAACGCCAUUGCUGCACUUUUAUCCUCAAUCUUCGGCAUCAAGGUCUAAACAACUUACGACGGAUAAUCAUUGAAAUUUUGUAUAUGUUGGAAUUGAUGUAAUGUAAACAUUAAAAAUACAAGUAUUUUGUGAUUCAAA